CCUCCCCCCGCCCCUGAACCGCUCUCGCGGCAGCGACCCAUGUGGGAGUUCAGGCUCCUGCGGUCGCCGGCGCCGCUGUUGCUCCUCCUGCCGCAGCUCAGCCUCGGAAUCGCCGCGUCCCGCUCGCAGGCCGAAACCAUGAACCUGGGCGGCGGUGGCGGCGCGCGGUGCUCCUCCUCGGCGGAGGUGCGCCGGCCGCAGUGCCUGCAGCUGUCCACGGUGCCGGGAGCUGACCCGCAGCGCAGCAACGAGUUGCUCCUGCUGGCGGCGGAGACGGCGGGGGAGGGACCGGAACGGCGCGCCCUGUCUGGGGAGCGGGCGAAGGAGGAGCCGCAGCCAGCGCCCCAGCAUCACGUUCUCUAUUUCCCCGGGGAUGUGCAGAAUAACCAUGAAAUUAUGACUCGUCAUCCUGAGAAUUAUCAGUGGGAAAACUGGAGUCUAGAAAAUGUUGCCACCAUUUUAGCCCACCGGUUCCCCAAUAGUUAUAUUUGGGUGAUAAAGUGUUCCCGAAUGCAUUUGCACAAAUUCAGCUGCUAUGACAAUUUUGUGAAAAGUAAUAUGUUUGGUGCUCCAGAACACAAUACUGACUUUGGAGCUUUUAAGCACCUUUAUAUGUUAUUAGUUAAUGCUUUUAACUUAAGUCAGAACAGUUUGUUAUCAAAGAAGAAUGUGAAAGAUUUGAAUAAGGACUCCAGAGCAUCUAAUUGCAGAUCCAGUUCUUCUCACACUACUAAUGGUUGCCAGGGAGAAAAAGAGAGGACCUGUGAAAAAUCUGAUGAGUCCACCGUGAGUUUUUACCCACCAUCACUAAAUGGUGCUUCUUUUACUUUGAUUGGAUUCAGUAAAGGUUGUGUUGUUUUGAAUCAAUUGCUUUUUGAAUUAAAAGAAGCCAAGAAAGACAAGAACAUAGAUGCUUUUAUCAAAAGCAUAAGAACAAUGUACUGGCUGGAUGGCGGUCAUUCUGGAGGAAGCAAUACUUGGGUUACUUAUCCAGAAGUCUUGAAAGAAUUUGCACAAACAGGGAUUAUUGUUCAUACCCAUGUAACACCUUACCAGGUAUGUGAUCCAAUGAGAUCUUGGAUUGGAAAGGAGCACAAAAAAUUUGUUCAGAUUCUUGGAGAUUUUGGUAUGCAGGUGACUAGCCAAAUUCAUUUUGCAAAGGAAGCUCCUUCCAUAGAGAAUCACUUCAGGGUUCAUGAAGUAUUUUGAGACUACAAGAAUAUUAAUGUACGUGUUCAGUGAAAGAGCAAAAGCACUUUGAGUGUUAUAAAUUCAGAUAAUGAGAUAUAAUUCAUAGAUGCACUGUCAGUUUUUUUGGGGGGGUGGGGGGAGGAAGCACACAUUCCUAAAAUGAGUGUAAUGUGCAAUAGUAUUCCUUGCUUGUGAAUGUGAACAGUUUUUACUUCAGAAUGGGUUAGAAGUAAUUCAUUUGCAAAGUAAAAGAUGUUUGUGAUGAUCCUAAAAGGAGGAUCAUCCUUAAGAAUGAAAGUUACGAUAUAGUCCUUAGAAAAGGUAAUGAAAGUUGUUAUUGUUGGAAGUAGUUUAUUUUCUGAGUACUGUUUGGAACUAAUUUUGGUGACACUAACAGUAAUUAGUUAUUUGGCACUCAAAACUCCAUUUCUCGUCAAAUAAAGCAAAGGCACACUGAUGUUUUCCAUAAUUUUAGAAUUAACUAUACCCUGCCUCUUAUAUUUUAUAAACUCCUAGUCAUUCUUUAAUGUGCCACCAAGAGUUUUUUUCUUAGGAGUCAAAAUAUAUUUGUUUCCAAAUUUCCAAGAACAUGCAGUAGUGUAUAGUAGGUUUUUAAAAUCAUUACACUUAAGGACUAUGGCUUAAUUUUUGACAACUUUUAGAUAUUUUGGAUUGACUCUUGGCCAAAAACCAGUUCUUUUGAAAAAUUGUUUUAAAUUGAAUGUAAUUAGGUAUAUUGGGUAAAAAUACGCUACAGAUUUUUAUCAAAUUGGUCUUUUGAAAGAGAUCAGCUUAGGUGAAAUAAAUGUGUAACACUUUAUUUGUUACUGCUCUAUUGAAAAGGAGACAGAUUCUAUAGAUCUAAGUCAGUGUUUCUCCAGAAGCAUGAUUUUAUCUGCCAAAAGAAAGCAGCUCUCUUUGGCCAAAAUGCAAAAUUAUAUUGCUAUAAGAAAAGUUACAGGCAAAGUUUGAAGACACAAAUGAUUUAAUUUUGGCUCAAAAACUGAAUUUGCUUAACACUGCUACAUAAUUUGGGUGAGGUUUCCUUCUGCUUGUUUUUCUUGACCUAGAUAAAUACAUUUUGAGAAACCAAGAUCUAAUGAAUGUCAACCAACAUUAAUAGCUGUGUGAUUACAAUAAAAGGUAAACACUUUAUUAAUAAUAAUUAGCUUUUGCAGGUCAUGAAAUAAUUAAGCAGGGAAGUAACAUUGCUGCUUUCAGACUGAAAAAAAUAAAAAAGACACUGAAGCUUAAUAUCUUAAUAACCCAGAGGACCUAAAUUUAUAAAAUAUAGAAUUAAAAUGUUAA